AUGGCUAUUUCUAUCGCCAGGAGUCGUCCAGUAUACCGCAGCUCUAGGGAUAUUCUUGCGGUCAGGUCCCUCGCUACAAAUUCCCAAUUCAAAGUCUUUGACAGGCAUUCCAAGAAGAUCCAAAGAUCCAGGACUCCCAUACUAUCUCCAGACAAAUCCAGAAAGGUCGAAUAUAUCAGAGAUGAAGUCGCAAUAAGGACCAUCGAAAGACUUGCAUUUAUUACCAGAGACUUUACGAAGACGUUGGACUUUGGCUCUAACGCUGGAAACUUCUUGAAGAAUCUAUGUGAAUCCUCCGAAUACCCUCCAGCUGGGGUGUGCACAGAGGAAGACAAGUUCAUGGUGGACCAGUUAAACAAAGACAAAGUGAUGGUCAGAAAUAAAAUCAAGGAAUUGGUGAUGGUAGACUCGAGUAAGGAGAUGCUUAAUCGUGAUAUUGACGAGCCUUACUUAGAAUCCUUCCCUGGGGUGGUGAAGAGAUACGAAGCUGACGAAGAAGCGUUCCUGCACGAAGAGGCAUUGCAAGAAUCUAACCAGUACGAUGCCGUUAUAUCCAACCUCUCGUUACACUGGAUCAACGACUUACCUCAGACUUUGGCCAAUAUCAACAGGGUAUUGAAGCCUGACGGAGUAUUUUUGGGAACCAUUGUUGGUGGUGAUACACUCUAUGAACUUCGAACAUCUUUACAACUAGCAGAGCAGGAGAGAAUGGGUGGAAUGUCCCCCAGAGUGUCCCCAUUAGUGCAUUUGAAUGAUGUAGGCAGUUUACUUAACCGUGCCGGUUUCAGCAUGCUUACAAUCGACUCCGAAGACAUUGUCGUGGGUGGGUACCCCGACAUAGUUUCUAUAUGCGAAGACUUACAGUAUAUGGGGGAGCAAAACUCGGUAUUAUCCAGGCCCAGCUACUUGCCAAAGGACGUUUUAAUUGCUGCGAACGAAAUCUAUAAAGCAUUACAUGGAGAACAAGGACCUGACGGCGAAAUCACAUUGCCUGCCACGUUUAGUGUGAUCUUUGUUAUAGGAUGGAAGAAGAGUGAGAACCAGCCACAACCAUUAAAGAGAGGAACUGGGCAAGUCAGUCUUAAGGAUGUGCUAUAG